AUGAAAGAAAUGAAAAGCUGGGUGUUUUGGAGAGCUGUGGCUGCAGAAUUUGUGGGGAUGCUGAUCUUUAUAGUGGUUGGCAUUGCGUCUGCCAUCGGACACCCAGAGAACGGUGCUCAGGAAGUGAAGGUUUCACUAGCCUUCGGUCUGGCUAUUGUCACUCUUGCUCACAGUUUGGGGCACAUCAGUGGAGCACAUCUGAACCCUGCAGUCAGUUUAGGCCUACUGGUCAGCUGUCAGAUCAGUCUCCUCAGAUUUGUUUGCUACGUCCUGGCUCAGAUGCUUGGGGCACUUGCGGCUAGUGCGAUAAUGGAUGGAUUCAGGCCCGGGGGAACUCUCGGUGUUAACAAGCUAAAUGGAGUGACUGUCGGACAAGGAUUCGUCAUCGAGUUUCUUGCGACCCUUCAGCUGGUUCUGUGCGUCAUCGCAGUGACAGACAAGCGACGGAGUGAUGUUAAAGGUUCUGCACCGCUGGCUAUCGGGUUGUCGGUGGGACUGGGACACUUUGCAGCUAUAAGUUUCACUGGAUGUGGUAUCAACCCUGCUCGCUCCUUUGGACCAGCUGUGAUACGUAGCAAAAUGGAGAAUCACUGGGUGUACUGGCUGGGGCCAGUGUGUGGUGGCACAGCAGCAGCUCUCAUCUAUGAUUUUCUUCUGUAUCCACGAUCAGAAGACUUCAGAACACGCUGGAGUGUCCUGGUUAAUGGUGCAGACAAUGAAGCUAAUCCACCUGAGAGAAGAGAAGGCAGCCCCGUUCCAGGGCCAAGUCAAUGGCCAAAAUAAUGAAUGUGCUUUAUGUUUUUACAUUGCAGUGUAUCAUC